AAAAAAAAAAAAAAAAGGACAAACUAAUCUAUAAAUGGCCAUUAUAUAAAAAAAAAAGACUUUCUUUUCCUUUCAACUCUACUUCCACCUUUAUUUUAUCUAUUUUUCAUUUAAUGUAUUCUACAAAACAACAACAGCAUUUUAUUAAUAUCGACACUAGUAAUAGGUCAGAACAUCAUCGAGCAAAUAGUAGUGGCUUUCAACAGCAGUCGCCUUUGUCAACAUCACCUUAUCAUACAACAACAACUUUUGGUCCAAUGGCCAUUCAUCCUUCUUCUACCUUUGGAACAACAACGGCAACUACAACAGAUGUUGCAAACUGGUUUAGUACAAGUAUUGAAUCUACAACUUCUUCAUUUGGACAAUCUUCUGUAUUUGGUGCAAAUCCUACCCCUACUCCUACUUCUAAUACUACUCCUACUACUACUACUAAUAAUAAUAAGAAUACUCAGGAUUUAAUUAUGACACCUUCAAAUUCAACAGGACAUUUAAUUGAGGGCUUCCCCAAUAAUGAACUUAAUAAUGAUAUCAAUAACCAAAAAAAUCAUCAAGAGAUGUUUGAAAAAAGAAGACGAAGGAGAGAGUCGCAUAACGCAGUAGAAAGAAGAAGAAGAGAUAAUAUAAACGAAAGAAUUUAUGAGCUUUCAACAUUAUUACCAGAUCAUUUAAUCGAUUCUGUUCCAGCAAGUUCAAAUGUAAUGUCUAUUGCACCUGGGCAAUCAGGUACAAAUGCAAAACCUAUUAAUAAAGGCACAAUCUUGAAAUUAUCAGUAGAUCACAUUAAAGAGCUAAGAGAGGAAAUAUCGGGUUAUAAAAAUCGAAUCUUAGAACUCGAGAGUUUAAUUGACAUGGCAAAGAAAGAUCACCAUCCAUUAACAUCAACAAAAAUAAAACAUGAACGUAUUGGAUCUAUACAAUUUCAACAGCAAUUUGGCAAAUUACAUAUUACUGGAAGCGAAAAAUAAGGAUAAUACAGUUUGAUUAUAACAAAAUAUAUGACACUGUUCUAUAUACAUCUAUCUAUAUCACAUGACCCACACUUUUUGCAUUGUUGUACAUUCAUAGAUAAUCGUUUAUGUUAUGCAAAAAAAAAAAAAAAAUAAUAAUAAUAGAUUUAACAAUAUA